UUCAUCACAAAUUAGAAAAAGAAUGUCAAAACUUUUGAAGUUUAGAAUAUCUAAAGCUAUCUCUAGCUCUUUCCAUUCAUGUCGUUCCAAGGACCCUUGUACACUUCCUCAACAUCCUGUCCCUUCAUUCUUACAAAAUACACAAUUCAUCACCAUUGAUCAUCUUCUGUUCGAAGAAAUGAUUCAUCAAGAUAACGAGUCACAACUGAUAUCGACACAUCAUGAUCAUUUCCCCAUAAUCACCUCACCCUCCUUCAAACACCACGUGUCGGUGACCCCGAUAACUGCCGGAGGCCAAUGUAGCUCAAGGAAUGGAGAAGCAUUCAGUACUACGUCCGAUGACAGCCACACUAGGUCACCUUCACAUGAAUUCAAGUGGAAAAAAGAAGAAGACAAGUGGCAACAUUUUGUCAAGACGACCUCCGAUGAUGAUACAAAACAACAACCUCGUAGGAAAAUCUCUUACCCCUUUAUCUCUGACGAUUCAGACAAUGACGAGGUUUUAACAGAGAUAAACAAGCGCCAAAGUAGUAGAAAGAAAAAAAUUAGUACUAGUAAAACAAAAUUCCUUAUGAUGAUGAACACUACGUCCCCAUCAUCAUCAAUGAAUGAAAAUGAGAUUAAUUUUACUAGUAAAAAAGCUAAUUGGGAUUAUCAUGAGGAUAUCGAUAUUACUAAUGAAGAUGAAGAAGACGAGACUGAGACAUUCAUAUCUUCUUCUUGUAAAAGCCACGUGGAGUUUUCGGAUGAUUCAUCUUCGAAUUUUAGCCAAGAGUUUGAUACAAUUUACAAAAAUACCACUAGAAGGUGUCAAAAAAAGAUUGGCUUUUGCAAGAGAAGAGAUGUCAAAAACACAAGAUCUAACGUUUCAAGGGGCAUGAACAAUAUUGGUAAACGGUUAUCAAUUUCAACGUCAACGACAUCAUCGGACGGUGAGUUACCUCCAAGGUUAUCGGUGUUCAAGAAGUUGAUACCAUGUAAUGUGGAAGGGAAAGUAAAGGAGAGUUUUGCCAUAGUGAAGAAAUCCGAGGACCCGUAUGAAGAUUUCAAAAGUUCGAUGAUGGAAAUGAUUUUAGAGAAAAAAAUGUUUGAGAAAAAUGAUUUGGAGCAACUUUUGGAAUGUUUUUUGUCAUUAAAUGCUAAGAAUUGUCAUGGGGUGAUUGUUGAGGCUUUUUCUGAGAUUUGGAAGACAUUGUUUUCACCUAAUCAUAGUUAAUGUUAGUUGUUAGGAUAAUUUCAAGAAAUUAAUUAGUACUCUGUUCCGUUUAUUUUUACUUGUCAUGUCUUUUCGAGAGUCAAUUUGUAUGGCUUUAGACUAAUAUUUUAAAAUAUAUUGUUUCAUCAUAUAUAUUACGGAAAAGGGUCAAACUUGCCCCUGAACUAUAUGAAAUAGACCAUUUAUACCCUUCGUUACAUUUUGGGAUAAAAAAUGCCCCUGUUGUUAUCCUAAGAGACCACAAAUACCCUCAAGAGUUAACACCCCAAAUUUUUGUUGACGUGGCAAGCCACGUGGGACUAAUCCUUCCACCUAAGCGUUGUCAACUAGGAUUCACUACAAAAGAACUAGACCUUUAGCGGCAACAACAGUCGCCACAAAAGCCCAGAAAAUCGUCACUAAAAGUUUUUAACAUUAAAUUCUAAUUUUGUGUUUUUUUCUUCAUUGUUUUUA